AUGCAGAAUAAAGGAAGGAAGAGGAAACGGAUGUGUAUCAUAUCAUCAUAUGUACUGAUGAAACGUGGAAAAUGUAAACCAGCCUUAACAACGUUUUCAUACGAUGAUGACGUGAGUAUGGAAGAUUCAGGUCUAGCAAAGAGAAGAGGCACGUUCGUCUCACCCCUCACACCCUACACUCCACCUCACAACCUACGCAAUCAGCAGUGA